GAAGAACUAUCGAAUCGUUGGGCAGAAAUGGCUGCUGAAGUUUCACAUGUUUUGUCGAAUGAAUUGCAAUUGGCAGAAGAAGAUCAACCCAUACCAUUUGAUUCGGCAUCAGAUGUACCAAUUGAUGAUCAAAAGGAAGAUUGUAUGAUAAGGAUUCACAAAAUGUUGCGCACUGGUAAAUUGGAACAUGCCGUUGCAUUAAUGCGUGCUGCCAGAGAAGUCUGGCCAGAGAAUGAUGUUUUCGGUGCCAUGUCAGCAGCUCCUGAAGAUGAAAUGCUUCUAAUGCGUGAAAUUUUCAUGCACAAUAUUACAACAGUCUGGCCACAGAAUUAUCGUCCCGGUGUUUAA